AUGGCUGAAAAGCUUCUAUUGUUGGAGGAACUUGAUAUUACUCUUUGUCCCGAAGUAUCUAGUAUUGCUUUAGAAGCAAUUGGCCGAAGUUGUCCUCUUCUAAAAUCAUUCAAGUUUAACAAUAAUUCUAGAGGUAAUAAAGAAGCAUUUGCUAUUGCACAAAAUAUGUCCAACUUACGUCAUCUCCAACUUGUUAAAAACUACUUCGACAAUAGUGGCUUGAGCGCCAUUCUUGAUGGUUGUCCUCAUCUUGAAUCUUUGGAUUUACGCCUAUGUGGCGAUGUCGAGUUGAAGGGGAAAUUGAGGACAAGAUGUGAUGAACAAUUAAAAGAUUUGAAGGAUCCAGAUGCACCUCGUGAUGACUUUGAAUUUUGCGGAAUUUGCUUUGAAACCGCAUACGAUGAUGCAGUAAUAUACUAUGUAAGCGAGAAGCGGGUUCAAAAACGAGAAGCUCAAAAACAAUAA